AUGCCAAUCACGACGGUGAAGUUACGCGAUUCAAAUCUGCCGCCAUGUGAACGCUUUGGCUGUCUGGCACGUGGGGCGGCGGGCGGCAACUCCAACUUUACCCAAUUGGUCUCGGCCAGAGGGAACAUUCCUGAUGCAGUCCAUCCAGAGCUAUCAUCGGCCGGCCCAUACCAUCACCUCUCCUUUGGAGCGCUUCUCGGCGGAUAUCCUACGCUCUUGAUGACUACGCUCUGCCACUACCAAGCUAAGUUGUUAUCCGUCACAGGCACUGUCUGCUACAUACAACAACUCCUCAUCCUCUUCCGCGAAUCCUUCGUCCUCACCGUCCCAAAUAGCAACUUCACUCACCUCCACAAUAUGCAUCUCGCUCCACCUCCCAAUCCAAGAGACCUUCUCCCGCCGCUGCUCGCUUGUCUCCCGACAUCCUUCGUUUCGUCCAGACCGCCGCCAGCAUUGUUACCUCUACUUUCACCCAUCCUCAGACAGCGCGUGAACUUCCUGGCUAGCAGCACAGCUCCAAGCGAUGGCUGGCUUCCGUUGCUGUCAUGGGACGCAAAGCGCGGCGCACGACUGCCAGCGACGGUCGAGAACAUGAACUUGGAGCCACAUCCUGUAUCUGGAGAGCUCGAGCUGGACGAGGUCAGUCCCGCAAAGUACAGGCGGCUGGAUGAGGAGACCCUUCAAUCCAGGCUUGAGGUGGACCAAUUUAAUCUACUGCCAAUUUUUGUUUGGUGUGAAAAGGACGAACAUGGCGGCACAGAGCCAGGCUGGAAGCUUUCAGAGCUCAGGACUGUGGACGAUCUUGAAGAUGGCACAGAGUGGUAUGAUUCACCACUCGAGGCCAACGAUGCGGCGAACCCAAGAAUCACUCCCUCGGCGCCAACAAAUGGUGCUUCUGCACGACCACAGCAUAUUGAAGAAGAGUAUGACGAUGCGAACGAUGACUACUGGGGACUUUAUGACCAAACCCAGGGCCAUACACCUGCACAACGAUCGCCCGCGCCGCCUUCUAUGACCAACCGCAACGCAGUGAGCGGGGAUGCGGAAGCAGACUACUAUGCAAGAUAUGGACAAGAGGUACAGCCGGCGAUGGAUGCCCACGAUCCAGACGAGGAGCAGCCAGAGCUCGGACAGAGCAGUCUGCGUGGUGACUCGCUGGUGCAAGCUCCUCCACCUCGAACAGAUUCUGCGGACUAUUACGCUUCUCUCCAGCCGCACGCGAGCUGGAAACCGGACCAACAGAUGCAUGAUUCAGCGCACGCAUCUGCAACAGAGCGAAGUCCAGAGAAGGCCCACGAGCAUUUAUCAAUGCCUCGACCUAUUUCGCCGACUUAUUCCCAUUCAAGCGUAGAAAGACUGGAAGAGCGAGCCGCAGAGAUGAGCUCCCCGUCGAAUGAUACAGCACAGCUUGCGGUCAAACAGCAUAUAAGUACAGACGUGAAGAGUUUGUACCGUCUGGCAAAGGCGUCGGGAAUGGAUCGAGCUGAAUUUCAGCGUGUUGUGCAAAGGGAAUUGGAAGUUCUAAGCAUGAUGGAUCAGGAUGACUACGAAGGCUGCAUGGAGGCGAUGACUGGCAUCAUUGGGACGGCAUAUUGAUUGGCUUCAUAGCAUAGCUAGCUUCUCUGCGCGAACUCCGUGCGCUCAACUUGGAAAUGAAGAAGUUGGGCCCUCGUU